UGUUGACGUUACACAGUCUAUCAAUAGGAGAGCACGAAACGUUAUAUGAAUACGGGCAUUAAUUUUAGAUGCCAGAAGUCUAUUUACUGUGGCUGAACUAGUAUACACUUUUGGAACUUGAAAUGAGAUAUGUUUGAUAUUUGUCGAAAGUGAGAAAGAGAAUACUAGUGCAGUCUAGUACAGGAACAGAAAACAGAUCAGAACUGCUGGAAGUUCAAUACGGUGCAGCUACAAAAACUCUCAAAUGCUAUGAAAUGCUCUGAAUUUCUACAGAGUGCGGACUGCAAAUUAAGUUAGAUUAAGUUAGGUUAGAUUCAAGGCACUUCCACGUGAAACUGGCGUGUCAGGCAUCUACGUAAUAGACUCGUGCGUCUACAGGUGGAUACAUUUUAACAGCUGUUGUGAUCGUCGUCGCGCAGGAAGGAAUAUUUUUUUCAUUGUUUACAACAUAUCCUUGAGCUUUGUAUCUGCGUGUUCCCGUUAAUUGGAGAAUGGAGAUUCCAAAUCAUGAAAGAAAGCCGAUCGCUUAUUUGACUCGGAAGGCACAAAUAUCUUGCUGCCAUCGUUUACACAGCCCAUUCCUAAGCGAGCUCGAGAAUGAAAUGAUAUAUGGAAAGUGCAACAAUGUUUGCGGUCAUGGUCACAAUUACAAUGUGGAAGUAACCGUCCGUGGACCUGUGAAUCCUUUAACUGGAAUGAUUAUGAAUUUGGAAGAUUUAAAGAACUGCAUGCAAAAGGUAUUGAUGGAUGAGAUGGAUCACAAAAAUAUAGACCAACAAAUAGACUAUUUCCAUACAACGGUUUCAACAACCGAGAAUGUCGCUAUAUAUAUUUUCAAUGAGUUAAAAAAGCACAUGUCCAAUCCCGAAUUGUUAUAUGAAGUAAAGGUCCACGAAACUGACAAGAAUGUUAUGUAUUUUAGGGGGGAAUACGAUGAAAAUGUACCUUCUACUUCUUAAUUAUUAAUUAUUACAUUAUAAUUGUACAAUCUUAUUCAUCUCUGAUAUAUAUGAUCUUUUUAUUACACGUUUGUAUAAUACAAUCACAUAAUUUGUAUAAUAUUGAAUUAUAUUAUAAUAUUGAAUUAUAUUAAAACAAUCGAAAAUAAUAUAUGUAAAUUAUGUAUUAUAUAUGGAUAAUUAAAAUUCAACAUUCCAA